AUGAUUACAGGGCAGCUGAGCAAGCCGCUGCUCUCCCUGCGCAGCGAGAUGAGCGUGGCGGAACUCCGGGCCGAGGACAAAGCGGCCACCCCAGAUAGCGAGCUCAACGACGAGUCCCUGCUCCUGUCCUCAGAGGCCAGGGACAGAGAGGACAUUCCCAACAAGCUCUAUGGAGCCCGUGAUGGCUCUGUCCAGUCUGAUGCCAGCAGCAGCCCGUCAGAACAGAGUCAGCUGGGACAGUGUCACCCAGCCUACCCGUCUCUGCUGAUGGCUCAGCAACUAGCCCAGCAGCUGGCCGGGGGGUCUCCAGGCCUGAACCAGCCCAUCCUCAUCCCCUUCAAUACAGGCGGCCACCUGGGAGGCCAGCAGGGGCUGGUGCUCUCGCUGCCCACGGCCAACAUCCAGGGCCUGAUGGCUGCAGCAGCCGCACAGGGCAUCAUGACCCUUCCCCUACAGAACCUGCAAGCUACCUCAUCCCUGAACUCCCAGCUUCAGCACCUGCAGCAGCUUCAACAGCUACAACAGCACCACCAGCAGCAACAACAGCACCAUCACCAACAACAGCAACACCAUCAGCAGCAUCAACACUCCCACAGCCACGUCCACAACCAGCUGUCAUCGCGGGGUCACAUGACCUCGCCCAGCCUACAGUCGUCCUCUGUCUCGGUCCCCUCCCCUGGCUCUGCCUCCUCCACCACCUCCAUGACCGGCUCGGGCCAACCGCCACAGUCUCCGCCGCUCAGGCAGAACCAAUCACCGGCCCGCAGCCUGCCCUCGCCCGUCACACCGCCCAUGCCACUGCAGUUGAACCCUCUGGCCAGCCAGGCUGCGGUGGCGGCAGCAGCAGCAGCAGCUAUGGGCUCUAUGGCCGGAUCCCAGGUCUUUGGCAACACCCUCUCCAACCUGCAAGCGGGAGUCACGGGGCAACUGGUCACUAAUGCACAAGGACAGAUAAUUGGAACGAUCCCACUUAUGCCCAACUCUGGGGGGCCCUCGAGCCAAUCAGGGGGCGUAAACCCAGCACUGCAGGUCCAGCCAAUUACACCCCAGCUUCUGACCAACGCCCAGGGCCAGAUCAUCGCCACGGUGAUCGGCAAUCAAAUCCUGCCUGUCAUCAACACCCAGGGAAUCACACUGUCACCAAUCAAGCCUGGACAGCAGGCUCAGCAUGUUCAGACAGGCCCAGUGUCGUCUCAGCCCAACCUGCUCCACAUGCCCCACAGCCAGAGUCCUCUCCGCCAGGCCUCUUCCUCCUCCUCGUCCUCAUCUUCCUCCUCCGCCCUCAGCGUGGGUCAGCUGGUCAGCAACCCCCAGACGGCCGCCAGCGAAGUGGACGGGGUCAACCUGGAGGAGAUUCGGGAGUUCGCCAAAGCGUUCAAAAUCCGCCGCUUGUCCCUGGGCCUGACCCAGACGCAGGUGGGUCAGGCACUCAGCGCGGCCGAGGGCCCGGCCUAUAGUCAGUCUGCCAUCUGCAGACACACCAUCCUGAGAAGCCACUUUUUCCUACCACAGGAAGCCCAAGAGAACCCUAUAGGUAGCAGUCUGACAGGCAAACUGAACCCUGGCCUUUUAUAUCCUGCCAGGUUUGAGAAGUUGGACAUCACCCCAAAAAGCGCCCAGAAGAUUAAGCCGGUUCUGGAACGCUGGAUGGCCGAGGCCGAGGCCCGCCACCGGUCCGGCAUGCAGAACCUGACCGAGUUUAUCGGCAGUGAGCCCUCCAAAAAACGCAAGCGGAGGACCUCUUUCACCCCACAAGCGCUGGAGAUCCUCAACAGCCACUUUGAGAAGAACACGCACCCCUCUGGACAGGAAAUGACCGAGAUAGCUGAGAAACUGAACUAUGACCGUGAGGUGGUCCGCGUCUGGUUCUGCAACAAGAGGCAAGCGUUGAAAAACACAAUAAAGCGGUUGAAACAGCCCGGUGACCUGGACCUGGACCUGGACCUCGGCCCGACCGCGCCCAUGGACCCUCUCUCUGAUUCUCUGGAAGAGCUCCCAAAAUGA